AACAAUAACUACGUUAGUUGCACUAUUUUUGAUAUCAAUGGCAACAUAACUGCAAUCUCAAAAAAAUUUCCUAAAAUGUCCUUUUUAGAAAACAAUAACUUAUACCCAAGAGAUUUAAGAAACAUUGAUACCUCAGCUGUAGACAUUGUUCCCUCGAUUGUCAUUAGAAAAAACUGCAUCCUUAUAAAUUUAUUAUACAUAAAGGCUAUAAUUCAAAAAAACCAGGUAAUGAUCUUUGAUAUAUCUCCAACAAAUCAAUCCUCAAUCUCAAAAUUAGGUUUAUUCAUGUAUGAUUUGGAAGAUCUUAACAAAAAUUAUCAUCAAAAUUAUGAAUUUAGAGUCCUUGAAACAAUCCUAAUAAAUAUCAUGUCUUCCUUAGAAACUGAAUUAAACAAUCAUUUAAAAGUUUCAUCCUCAAUCUUGAAGGAUUUAGAAAACCAAAUCGAUAGAAUCAAACUAAAGAAUUUAUUAAUCAAUUCUAAAUCUUUAACUGCAUACUAUCAAAAAUCUUUAUUAAUCAGAGAAGUAUUAGACGAAUUAUUAGAAAAUGAUGAAGAUUUACAAAAAAUGUAUCUAUCUGAUAAUAAUAAUCCCAAUAUGGCUAAUAGCAAUGAAAAUUUCACUGAAAUCGAAAUGUUAAUUGAAAGUUAUUAUAAACAAUGUGACGAAUUUGUCCAACAAGCUGGCUCUUUGAUAUCUGACAUUAAAUCAACCGAAGAAAUUGUAAACAUCAUUUUGGAUGCCAAUAGAAACUCUCUAAUGUUAUAUGAAUUGAAACUAACCAUUUACACCUUAGGAUUCACUGUUGCAACUACAAUCCCUGCAUUUUAUGGAAUGAAUUUGAAAAACUUCAUAGAGGAUUCAAUUUACGGUUUCAGUUCAGUUGUAGGUAUAUCAAUCUUAUCUGCAAUUGGUAUAGUGGCCAUAAGUUUUAAUAAAUUAAGAACUGUUCAAAAACUAACAAUGAUGUUGGGU